GUAACGGCAAAUAUCAGCAACAGAAACAUAGCUGGAUGCAUCAAAGAUUUAAGAAGAAAGAGUGAUCAACAGAAUAGCCACUCUCCAGUUCAAGUAUUACGCUCCGCACCGAAAAUCAGGGGAAGAACACAAUCUCCUUGUCAUUUUUAUUACACAUUUUUAUUGUUGCGAAAGAAAAUAAAACACAAGGAGCCAAAGAACCCCAUCACUAUCUCAAACCUGUAAUUCUAUACUCUUUCUUCUGUGUGUGAUUCCUAUUAGACUUCGAGUUCCAUAUCCUUAAAAUUAUUAUUAUUUUAUAUCCUCCUUGGUUGAUCCGUGAGGUGAGCACAAAAAAAAAAGAAUAAUAAUCGCAAGAGAAUUGAAGUUGAUUAACAAAUAACAAUCAACAACAAAAGUCAAAAGGGAUUUGGAUAGCUGAAAAAAAGUUCGACUCUUUCACCCAAUUGAAGAAUUAGGAAAAAGUCAAAAUUUGAGUUCAAUGGUACUAUUACUAAAGCUCCUAGAUGGGUGUUUCUCGUAUUGCAAUUAAAGCUCACAACUUUUGUCUACAUUCAUCAUCAUCAUCAUCAUCAUCAUCAUCAUCAGCUCAUCUAACCCCAAAUGACCACAUCAUUGACAUUCCAACAAACACUCCUUCACAUCAUCACGAGGAGGAGGAGGAGGAGAGACCUUCCACUACUCCUCCUCCUGACAUGCCUAUCUCUCACCCACCUUCCUCCGUCCGGUCAAAUCCUAGAAACCCCCGUCGCAGACGCAGUCCUCUGAACUCCGGCCUGUGGAUUUCCAUCGAGCUACUCCUCACUCUCGGCCAGAUCAUUGCAGCCAUCGCCGUUUUGUCCUUGUCUAAACACGAGCACCCACGUGCGCCCUUGUUCGCUUGGAUCGUCGGUUACGCCUCUGGAUGCGUUGCAACGCUCCCGCUCUUGUACUGGAGAUACUAUCACCAUUCCAAUCAGGCCUCUGACCAGGACGACUCUGCAUCACAGCAGCAUCGUCCUAAUCUCAACGUCGCAGCAGGAUCGUUCGCCUUUUCCAUAUCCAGGUCAUCUGAAGGACAGCAGACCAGCAACACGUCUUCUCGUGGCACUAGUAGUAGUAGAUACCCUGGUUUCAUAAGCUCUGCCAGAGUAAAAGUUGUUAUGGAGUACUUCAAAAUGGCUCUGGAUUGCUUCUUUGCGAUAUGGUUUGUGGUUGGUAACGUGUGGAUAUUCGGAGGCCAUUCAUCUGCAUCCGAGGCUCCUAACUUGUACAGGUUAUGUUUAGUGUUUCUUACGUUUAGCUGUAUUGGCUACGCCAUGCCUUUCAUCCUCUGCACGACGAUAUGUUGCUGCUUGCCCUGCAUUAUCUCCAUUCUCGGAUACAGAGAAGAUUUAACUCAACCCCGAGGCGCUACACCUGAGUCGAUUAACGCAUUGCCUACUCAUAAGUUUAAGUUGAAGAAAAGCAGAAGUAGCGGUUCGAGUAGUGCUAGCGAAGGUGGUGUUGUGGCGGCUGGAACUGAUAAGGAGCGUGCCAUUUCAGGAGAAGACGCUGUCUGUUGCAUUUGCUUGGCGAAAUACGCGAAUAACGAGGAGUUGAGAGAGCUUCCUUGUUCGCAUUUCUUCCACAGAGAGUGCGUUGACAAGUGGCUCAAGAUCAAUGCUAGCUGCCCUCUUUGCAAGAGUGAAGUUGGGGAGAAGAACUCUGAUUUGACGAGCUCGCUCUCUUCUGGGGGAAACGAUAACACUCAACAACAGCGGAAUGAACAUAGAGUUGAUAACGGUUUGGCUCACAGCGUUAUCUAAAGACGUUUGGAGGAAAAACGUUACACAGAAAAGGCGUUUUUUUUUUUUUGCAUUGUUCCUAGUAGCCAAAUGGUCUAAGAAGGUGAAGAUAGAAAUGUCUUUUGCUUUUGUAAAUUAAGACCCUCUGAACACCUAGGAGAGUUUUGAAAAUCAGUGAUUUGAGUGUGCGUGUGUUCUAGAUAUUUUUGUUUUGUUUUGUUUAUUCUGUGAAUCUUUAUCACGAACAGAACCUUUAUACGAGAGAGAGAGCCAGGGCUUUUUCAAUACCUUGGUAUACAUAUCAAUAUAGAAUCUCUAUACUGGAACAUGAA